AUGUGUGCUAUAAACUUAAAUUUGGAUGAAUUACACAUUCAAUUAAUUUGUACAGACGAUAAGCAUAUAAAUAAUAAUGUAAAAGAAGAAAAUAAAAAAAAACUUAAAGAAAUAAUUAAAAGAGUAUAUAUUGGAAAUUCAGAAGAUUCCAAAAAUGCAUUAUUAUUAAACAAUACUCACAUUACGCAUAUUAUUAUUAUAAGAUGUUCUAAGGAGGAUUAUACAACUAGAAUCAUUUUUCCCCAUAAAUUCGAAUAUUACAUUAUCGAUUUAAAAAAAGAAUUAGAUUUCACAAAAUGUUCUCAUUUUAAAUUUCUUCUUGACGAAAUAUUAUUUGAAAAUAGUAAGAACAAAGUAUUUAUUCAUAGUUAUUUUUGUAUAAAGAAUAUUUUAUCCUUACUAACAUUUUACAUCGUAACUACUUUGAAAUAUGACAUCCAAUAUGUCAUUUCGUAUAUUAAAAAAAUUGUAUCCAAUUUUGAAAUAUCCCAUGAAGAUAUAAAUAAAAUAUAUUAUUUUACUAAAAGACAUCAACUCACAUAUUACCCAGGGGAGUAUACCAAAUAUGUUGACAUUAUGGAUAAUAAACAAUGUUAA